CUUCUUUUUCUCUUCAUUUGAAACCCUAACCUUACAGUGCUCCUGUCCGUGGCUCCGAUCGUUCAACCGUUGGUAUGGAUCACGCCAGAGUUCACCCUAAGGUUCUACAUUCUAAUGCUACAUGUCAUAAGUGGGCUCUUGGAGCUUUUGCUGAGCUUUUGGACAAUUCAUUGGAUGAGGUUUGUAAUGGAGCUACAUAUGUUAAUGUAGAUAUGCUUGAAAGUGAGAAAGAUGGCACCAGGAUGUUGCUGAUUGAAGAUGAUGGUGGUGGGAUGGAUCCUGUUAAAAUGCGUCAAUGCAUGUCGCUGGGGUAUUCCGAGAAAAGCAAAUUGGCAAAUACAAUUGGACGAUAUGGAAAUGGCUUUAAAACAAGUACCAUUAGGCUCGGGGCUGAUGUAAUUGUAUUCUCCCGUUGUCAUGGGAAAGAUGGGAAGAGCUCUACACAAAGCAUAGCCUUGCUGUCUUACACAUUUUUGAGGAGUACAUGGAAGGAUGACAUUGUAGUACCCAUGCUGGACUAUGGAAGAGAUGGACGGGAAUGGAAUAGUAUGAUACGAACUUCUCUGGAAGAUUGGAAUAAAAAUGUUGAAACAAUAGUUCAAUGGUCGCCAUUUUCCAAUGAGGCUGAUCUACUUGGUCAGUUCAACCUGAUGAAAGGUCAUGGUACACGAAUAAUCAUAUACAAUCUUUGGGAGGAUGAUCAAGGUCAGCUAGAACUUGAUUUUGAUGCAGACGCACGUGAUAUUCAAAUAAGAGGUGUAGAUCGGGAUGAGAAAAAAAGACAAAUGGCUGAACAGUUUCCCAACUCUAGACACUUCCUAACUUACCGACAUUCACUAAGGAGUUAUGCCUCAAUUUUAUACCUGAGGUUUCCACCGGGCUUCCGAAUUAUUCUUCGAGGGGAAGAUGUUUUGCAUCACGAUAUAGUGAAUGAUAUGAUGAUGUCUCAGGAGGUGAAAUACAAGCCACAAUCGGGGGCUGAUGGGAUUCCAAAGGAUUCAAAUAUGGUUGCUCUUGUUACUAUCGGAUUUGUCAAGGAUGCAAUUCAUAAUGUUGAUGUUUCAGGGUUUAAUGUUUAUCACAAGAAUCGACUUAUUAAGCCAUUCUGGAAGAUCUGGAAUCCAGCAGGAAGUGGUGGGCGUGGGUUCAUAGCUGUGUUGGAAGCCAACUUUGUUGAACCUGCUCAUGAUAAGCAAGACUUUGAGCGUACAUCAAUUUUAUCAAAACUGGAGACACGACUGAUACAACUGCAGAAGAAAUAUUGGUACUCUAACUGCCGUGAAAUUGGUUAUACUUCCAAUCCAAGUAAGAAACAAAUCAGCGGCUCUGUCAAUAAAGAGACACCUACCUGUUAUGUUCCAGAAUCAUCUCAAUCAAAAAGGAAAUAUUCUGCCACAGAUGGCAAGGGAACAGCGUUGGCAUCAGACAAACUGUGUUAUAAUUCGAAUCAGAAACGGAGACGAAAGGAACCAGAAAGAUAUAGUGCAUACAUAAAUAGUCGUUUGUCAGCCUCUCCUAAAAGUAGGAUACAAAGUUCAUCUGAACAAUCCUCAUCUUGUGAUGAUAUCAGUGAUCAAAUUAAGAAACAAGCAAAAGGUGGUAAUCAAAAGACAUCUAAUGCUAAAAAGUCAUUUGAAAAUGAGAAUGAAUGUUUUCGAGAGACUACAUCAAGUGGAAAAACCUUGCAGUCCACACGAGAAUCUAAGCUGAAGGUACAAGAUGUUAGUGAUGGCGAGCAACCACUAUCUGAUGCUGAUUUACAAACUCUGGAGAAGUUAAAAAAGGAGAAACGUGAGCUGAAGGAAAGAUUAGAGCGGAAGGAGGAAAUUUUGGGGGCAGUAUUGCGGGCUAUGCAGUGUGAUAAAGACUGGUGUAAAUCUCUUGAAACUCAGCUCGAAGCUGUAGAAAAAAAGAUUGAAGAUUUGAACAAAGAACAAGGAGCUCUUCUUCAGGUUUUGAAGAAAAAAAUUUGAGAAAGAAGCUUCAGGUUUCCCCCCAUUACUUGGUGUUGAUUCCCUUGACACGUGAAGAUUCAAAUUAUCAUCAAGCAUUGUUAAUUAAUUUUUAAUUUAAAUGGUCCAUUUACUUGAUUAGAUUAACUGUAACAAUGCUACUCAUAAAUUUGUGUUGCUUAUGC